UUCUCUUUAGCUAAACUUCCGGAAAACCUCUCACAGGCGUCCGGAGUCGGGUGGGGCUAGUCUCCGUGAGAACGGCUUUGUGAUUGGCAAGAAAGGCAGGAGGCGGGGAUUGGGGGCGGGCAAUUCCCCUUAGCGCAGGCGCGCUGGGCCGGCGUGGCGGGCGCGCGGACAGCGUUGACUGGCACUUCGGUUGGUGAGCGUGGGUGACAGCACGUGCGUCCCUCCUUGGUUUGGGGCGGGGUCGCAGACACCUGAACUCUGGGAUAGUGUGUUUCGUUUGUUGUAACACGAGCGCAGACCUUUCUCCCCUGUGGACCUCGGGUCUUGUGAGUGUCACGGUGUUUCCGGAAGAGCCAGCCCUGGAGAGACCCUCUGGGACCGCCUGGUGGCCCGGCCAACCUUCCCAUUUUAUGUAUGGGGAAACUGAGGCCUGGAGACUGAAGUCACUUGACCAGGGUCACGUAGCCAGUGAAGGCCGAGCUGGUUCGUAGAACCAGGUCUAGAGCCCCAUUGCUUUGAUGCAACACGGUCCCAGCCGGAAACGGUGGAACUUGCAGGCGAGGACCUAGCCUUCCAGGCACAAGUGCUUCUCUGGGCCAGGUGUCAUGAAAGGGCUGCUGUCAAGAUGCAGAGCACUGCCUGUCCUGGCCACCUGCAGCCACCAGCUCUCUGGGUGUGGUCCUCACAGGUUUUACCACCGUGACCCCGAGACAGGGAAGCGCUUGGUGCUGUCUCGCAUGUUCCAGCCCCAGAACCUUCGGGAAGACCAGGUGUUGUCUCUUGAGGGCAGGUCUGGCGACCUGACGUGUAAGAGCCAGCGGCUGAUGCUGCAGGUGGGCCUGAUCCACCCGGCAGGCCCUGGCAGUUACCACCUCCUGCCGUAUACCGUGCGCGCCCUGGAGAAGCUCGAGCGGCUGAUAGACCAGGAGAUGCAGGCCAUCGGGGGGCAGAAGGUCAACAUGCCCAGCCUCAGCCCAGCGGAGCUCUGGCGAGCCACCAGCCGCUGGGACCUCAUGGGCAAGGAGCUGCUAAGACUCAGAGACAGACACGGCAAGGAGUACUGCUUAGGACCCACUCAUGAGGAAGCCGUCACAGCCCUGGUCGCCUCCCAGAAGACAGUGUCCUACAAGCAGCUCCCAUUCCUGCUGUACCAGGUGACAAGGAAGUUUCGGGAUGAGCCCAGGCCCCGCUUCGGUCUUCUCCGCGGCCGGGAGUUUUACAUGAAGGACAUGUACAGCUUCGACGCCUCCCCAGAGGCCGCCCGGCAUACCUACGGCCUAGUGGGCGAGGCCUAUGGCAGCCUGUUCCACAGACUGGGGCUGCAGUGCGUCAGGGUGCAGGCGGACGUGGGCAGCAUCGGGGGCACCACGUCUCACGAGUUCCAGCUGCCGGCUGACAUCGGGGAGGACCGGUUUGCUGUGUGUCCUGGCUGCGGCUUCUCGGCCAACAUGGAGACGUUGCGCACGUCGCACACCGACUGCCCGGCCUGCAGGGGCCCGCUCACCGAGGCCAGAGGCAUCGAGGUGGGGCACACGUUUCACCUGGGCACCAGAUACUCCUCCAUUUUCAACGCCCAGUUCACCGACGCCCAGGGCAAGCCAUGCCUGGCCGAGAUGGGCUGCUACGGCCUGGGCAUGACGCGGAUCCUGGCCGCCGCCAUCGAAGUGCUGUCCACAGAGGACUGCAUUCGCUGGCCAGGGCUCCUGGCGCCUUAUCAGGUGUGCCUCAUUCCCCCAAAGAAGGGCAGUAAGGAGGAGGCGGCCGCCGAGCUCACAGGCCACCUGUAUGACCUUAUCACGGAGACGCUGCCGCAGCUCCGCGGGGAAGUCCUGCUUGACGACAGGACCCAUCGGACUAUCGGAAACAGACUGAAAGAUGCCAACAAGUUUGGCUACCCCUUUGUGAUCAUCGCAGGCAAGAGGGCCCUGGAGGACCCAGCACAUUUUGAAGUUUGGAGCCAGAACACCGGUGAGGUGGUCUUCCUCACCAGAGAGGGCGUCACGGAAUUUCUGAGCCAAGUGCAGGUUGUCUGAAAGCCCCAAGCCACCACCACCCCAUCCUGCAGCCUCCGUGUUCACUCUCUUCACUCUCGGGCUGCCGUUUCCUACACUCCCUUCCAGGGCGGGUCUCUCUAGAAACAAGGCAGCUCAUGGAAGGAGGGAGCAUGCUAGGGAAGCUGACUUUUAUCCAGUCCUUUUAGACUGUCUGUAUUUCAGGUCUGUGAUUCCAUUCUCUGGGCUGGCCGUGCUGCCAGUUUCCAUUUGUCUUCUCUUCUGGUGAGGAGGCAGAGGGGCAAGAAAGAGCUGCUCCUCUCUGCCCUUCAGUGAGUCACUUCCCUUCUCUUGGCCAAGUUUCCCAUGCGGAGGGUGAGGGUGGCCAGUGGCCAAGGCCCUCCCAGCUCCGGCAGUCUGACCCCUGGCCUCCUGAUGCAUUUGAAGAGCAGGCCCACCAGCCCUCCUCCACUGGACAUGUCUCUUCCCCUGCUGGGGCCUCAGAUUCCCCAUCUGUGACAUGAGAAAAUGGAACUAGAUCUGUAAAGUCCUUACAGCUGUCACCAGCGGGUUCACAAGAGGUUCACGACAGGCAGAUCUGGUUCCUCUGAUCUUCCAUAGUCUAAGCUACAUGGAAAGUUGAUAGAAUUAGCUACUGGCCCAAAAACCACCUCCAGAGACCUGGCCAUAUUGAGGCGGCAUAGCACAGAGAUCAGGUUCUGUUGACUGAAUGAGCCUUGCCUGUCAGUGAAUGGUGGUAACACCUGCCAUUUUAACUGUGCAGUGGCUUCCUACUUGGGACUCGUCUGUCCUUUCUUCUACUCUUUCUACACUCCACUCAAAAACAAAAAGAAGCCUACCUUUGGUGGCUGGGAAUAUGUUUGAAACCAUUUCUUCCCCCAGAUGUGAGGGAUAGCAGGCUUCAGGUGUCACAGUGAGCUUGUCCUGGGAGCAGAGUUUGCUCCUCAAGCCACACCAGGGGGCACAUAUCAAGGUCUCUGCCUGAAUUCUCUGGAAAACUAGGAUCAGACUUGAGCCAUCCCAGCAUACUGCAAUUCUUGUCUUAGCCAGUUGUCCCACUUGUCAAACAGCUUCCCAGCAGUUUACCGCUACUGCUGUUACUGCUCGAGUAAUCCACGCCCAAGCGCACACCAUCAGGUUUCCUUGUUGAUGUACAUGCCAAGUGCUGAUGGGCCCCAGGCCUACCAGUGGUGCUCUGGGCCUGGCAUUUGGGCCAGGAGAUGUGCAUUCCAAGAGCAAACCUAGAAAGGCUGGAUUAUAAAUCAGGGACCUUCCCCUGGGCUGCACUUUGGUCCCACCCAGUUCAGGUUAGGGUCUGGGUGUGGCGUAGGUGUUGUGCAUUUUAAAGCUCUGUAAAUGAUUCUGAAGCGCCUGUGCACAGAGUUGAUUCACGGUUCCCAGCGUCCUUCCAGGCCUGGGCCGUCCCUGAGCGGCUUUGUGGCUGAGUGUUUUGAGUCAUUUGCUCUGUACAUUAUCGGACUGAUGGGAGCUCUCUGCUUUUAACGAUUUGCUCAUUUAUUUGUUCAGGGCCUGCCACAUACCACUGUGCUGUGAGGCACUGUCGUGUAUCAUUUUCGUACUCUACACUGUGCAAGGUGGGUGCUGUUUUUACGGAAGAGGCACCUGAAGCACCUUACUCGAGGGUAUACAGCUCCAAAGUAUCAGAGCCAACAUCCGAAGACUGACCAACACUGAUUCCAUUCCCAUUACAACUGCAUGGCCUCCACCAAGACAAAAGUACUUUCACUAAAUAAAACUGAAUUAUUUAUGUCUAUCUAAUCAAAUUAGCCUCAAAUAGACAAGCACUUAGAAUUUGUGCAAAUUGGCAUUUAAAUAUUUUUAAAUAUUUAAUUAAUUCUUACUGAUGUUUGGUUGAUACAUGGAGUUACAUUCAUUUAGGUAUGUAACACAGUGAUUGAGUAACUGUACUUUAAGCGAUACUCACAGUGUAGCUCCCAUCUGUCACCCUACACUAUUAUAAUACCAUUGACUAUAUUCCCUGUGCUGUACCUUUUAUCCCUGUGUCCUGUUCGUUCCAUAACAGGAAGCCUCUACCUCCCACUCCCCUUUUUUUAAUUGUGAAUUUGUGCUCCAUCAGCUGAUUUAUGGAAGUUGGAAAGCUAGCCUAAUGUAAGCACUUUAAAAAAUCAGAUUUCAGGGGGCGCCUGGGUGGCUCAGUGGGUUGAGCCUCUGCCUUCAGCUCAGGUC